CAACUACCUGGUUUGUUGCGCUGAUAGGGCGCUUCUGGGACAAACUUACGCGUCUCUGAAUUCCCUGACAACGUUUUUUAAUUUGCGUUUUAAGGGGGGUUCUGUAUUAUUUUUCUUUGACUGUGUGAUUUAUUUAUAGGAGAAAGGAAGUCGGGAGGUUUUAUUUUUCUGUGGACGAAUAAUUAACCUGACAACUCAAGCACUGCACAGAGGAGCAAUGAUCUGAGGAGCUGAGCCAAGGAAAGGAGCGCACCUUCAACUAGUACAAGGGAAACACAAAAGUCAGACCUGCAAUUGUUCUUUUUUAAUUUAUCUUCAUGUUUUUUUAUGACAUUUGAACUGAAGAAACUCAACUGCAAUCAUGCUUGGAGCGGAGAGCAGAGUGGAAAGCCGGCUAAAGAAGCUGGAGUCCAUGAUGAGGAAUCCACAGUCGGCUCUUAACUUAUCAACCCUGCUGGAUUCUAUGAACGCUUUAGCUCAUGAUCUCAACUACCCUGUGCUGCGGAAGAACAAGAACAUUGAGGCAUUUCUGAAGAGAUAUGAGAAGCUGGUGAACGAGCUGCGGGAGCUGCAAGUCAAGCUUGACGACUUUGAGAAAGUGAAGUUGAUUGGGAGAGGAGCCUAUGGAGAAGUGCAGCUGGUCCGUCACAAGGCCUCGAAGAAGGUUUACGCCAUGAAGCAGCUCAGCAAGUUUGAGAUGAUCAAAAGGUCGGAAUCGGCCUUCUUCUGGGAAGAGAGACACAUUAUGGCAUUUUCCAACAGUCCAUGGAUAGUUCAGCUUUGCUGCGCUUUCCAAGAUGAUCGACACCUCUAUAUGGUGAUGGAGUUCAUGCCUGGAGGAGACUUGGUCACGCUGACUAUAAACUACGACAUCCCAGAGAAGUGGGCCCGCUUCUAUACGGCCGAGGUGGUGCUGGCGCUGGAUGCUAUCCACUCCAUGGGCUUCAUUCACCGCGAUGUGAAACCGGACAACAUGCUGCUGGACCAGCAGGGACACCUCAAACUAGCCGACUUUGGCACAUGCAUGAGGAUGGACUCGACUGGUAUGGUGCACUGUGAGACAGCUGUAGGUACACCAGACUACAUCUCCCCUGAGGUGCUCCAGUCUCAGGGCAGUGAUGGCAUCUAUGGUCGGGAAUGUGACUGGUGGUCUGUUGGAGUUUUUCUAUAUGAAUUGUUAGUUGGUGAAACUCCAUUCUAUGCUGAGUCUCUCAUUGGAACCUAUGGGAAGAUCAUGAACCACCAUAACUCUCUCGUCUUUCCGGACGAUGCAGAGAUGUCCCAGGAUGCUAAAGAUCUCAUCUGUGCCUUUCUCACUGACAGGAACGAUCGACUGGGCCGCACCGGAGUGGAUGAAAUCAAACGUCACCCAUUCUUUAAGAAUGAGCAGUGGAACUUUGACAACAUCCGUGAUACUGUGGCCCCAGUGGUUCCAGAGCUGCACAGCGACAUAGACACCAGUAACUUUGAUGAUAUAGCAGUGGACAAGGGAGCUGCUGAGACUUUUCCUACUCCCAGAGCAUUUGCAGGGAACCAACUACCAUUUAUUGGCUUCACUUAUUUCAAGGAUGAUCAGCUACUGAGCGAAACAGGCAACAGGUCUGAGGAGGAUUCAGAGAAGUGUAAGGAAGACUCUCAGGAUAAAGAAAAGUCUUCGGACCAAAGGAAAGAGCUGCUGGAAAAGGUUAACCAGCUGGAGGAGCAGCUUGAUCAUGAGAUGCAGGCCAAAGAUGAACUGGAGCAGAAGUGCAAAAACGCUACCAAUCGUUUAGACAAGUUGGUCAAAGAAUUGGAUAAAGAGAUGAACAGUCGGCAGAAAGUGGAAGCCUCAUUGAGGCAGCUGGAGCGAGAGCGAGCUCUGUUGCAGCAGCAGAGUGCAGAGAACCUCCGCAAGGUGGAAAUGGAGGCGGACAGGAAGCGCAUCCUGGAAAACCAGAUAAACUGCUUGAAGGACCAGCUGGAGGACAUGAAGAAGAAGAACCGUGACUCACACAUUUUUAAUGAGAAUAAUGUCCAGCUGCAAAAACAACUGGAGGAGGCCAACAGUGCCCUGCAGGCUGAGCAGAAGGCAACUGCCCUUCUGAAGAAGAGCCAGUCAGAAGCACAGAAACAAGCCCAGAACCUUGAAGUUAGCCUCAAGGAGAUGGAGAAAAAGUGUAGCAGUCUUGAAGCAAACAAAGCGGAGCAGGAGAAGCAGAUAUGGGAGCUGCAAGCUGAACUGGAGGAGGAGAAGAGAGAACGCAACCUUAGCACAGAGGCCCUCGCUGACCUGCAGGUUACUAUUUCAGUCCUAGAAGACGAAGUUAAGGAGGCGAAAUCAUCUCUUUCCAAGGUCAAAGAUGAAAAGAAGGAGCUGCAAACAAAGUUAAAUAAUCUUGAAAAGGAAAAGAACAAGCAAGAGAUUGACUUAACUUUCAAGCUCAAGUCGCUCCAGCAGAGUUUGGAACAGGAGGAGGCAGAGCAUAAGGCCACCAAAGCAAAGCUCUCAGAUAAAAAGGAAACCUACCAGUCUAUCGAGGAGGCCAAAUCUGAGGCUUUAAAAGAGAUGGAGAGCACUCUGGAGGAGGAGCGCAGCUUGAAGCAGCAGGUGGAAGAAAACUUGCUACAACUAAAGAAGGACCACUCGAUGCUAGAAUGGGAUCACAAGCAAGCUCAGCAAAAGCUGGAUGAGUUGCAGGCACAAAAGGAGAAGCUUUCUGAAGAGGUGAUGGACCUCACUCUACGCCUGGAACAGGAGAUCCAGAAGCGAAGUAAAAGCCAGAGCGAACUGAAAGCUCACAAACAGCAGGUGUCUGUGCUCACCUCCUCAGAAAAACAGCUCAAACAGGAAUUCAACCAACUCCUGGAUAUGAAGCAGAGUCUGGAGAAGCAAAACCAGGAGCUACGCAGGGAAAAGCAAGAGGCUGAUGGCCAGCUGAAGGAACUGAUGGACCAGCUGGAGGACGAGCAAAAUUUUAAUACCCUGUACAGAAAACAGAUCCAUGAGCUGAAGGAUGAAAAUGAUGAAAAGAAUAAGAUGUACCAAGAGGCACAGCAGCAACUGGCAGAAUACCAGGAAGAAAGGGCUUCUAUGGCAGCGCAGCUGGAAAGCAGUUUGAAAAAAGCAGAUUCCGAGCGACUUGCUCGCUCUGUCGCCGAGGAGCAGUACUCGGAUUUGGAGAAGGAGAAGAUCAUGAAGGAGCUGGAGAUCAAGGACAUGAUGGCGAGACACAAACAAGAGCUCAAUGAAAAGGAGGCCACCAUCACCUCACUGGAAGAGUCCAACCGCACACUGACAGUGGAUGUAGGCAACCUGGCCAGUGAGAAGGAAGAAUUGAACAACCAGCUGAAAGAGCUCGAACAAGAACUCCAGAAAGCCAAAGAGACGGAGAAGAAGAUUGAAAGCCAAAAACUAUCUUUGGAAAAGCAAAUUCAGACUGAAAAGACUCUUAAAAUUCAGGCUGUGAACAAGCUGUCUGAGGUGAUGGCAAAGAGGAAGGAUCAGGAGCGAGGAGGCAUCCGGAUUGUCAACUCUGAGGUGCACAAGACGAAGCAGGAGAACAGGAAGCUGCAGCAGGAUCUGAAAGCAGAGAGGCAAAAAAUUAACAGCAUCCUCUUCAAACACCAGAAGGAGCUGGAAGACGUACAGGCGCUGUUGGUGGAUGAGAGCCACCACUGCCAGGAGUUGCAGAUGAUUCUGGACAGCAGAGAAAGCGACAUUGAGCAUCUUCGCUGUCAGCUCACGUCGCUUAGUGUUCACUCUCUGGACACCACCAGCAUCAGCAGCAAUAACGAUUUGGAAAUUGCUGAUGGAUUCCCAGUGCGCAUUACUCAUUCUCGUACCUCCGAGUCAAUGUCCUUUACCUAUCAGCGCUCCCACAAAUCUGUCUGCAUUGAUACUCGGCCCAACCUUCGCUCAGCUCGGGCUCUGUUGGACUCCGAGCCUGAUGAUGAGGAAGAAAACGACUAUCCUGAAGUGCAGGGCCAGGGCCCUCUGCCUCUGACCUAUCCACAGUCCCCUGAGCCUGAAUCUGGAGAUUCCAGGCUGGAGGGAUGGCUCUCGCUUCCUUCCAAGAACACAAAGAGAAUUGGCUGGGACAAAAAAUAUGUGGUUGUGAGCAGCAAAAAAAUCCUGUUUUACCACAGUGAGAUGGACAAAGAACAAGCCAAGCCAUUCAUGACGCUUGACAUUGAAAAGCUGUUCCAUGUCCGACCCAUAACUCAGACAGAUUGUUACCGAGCAGAUGUCAAAGAAAUCCCUAGAAUAUUCCAGAUCUUGUAUGCCAACGAAGGGGAGAGCAAACGCGAGCAGGAGGAGGCGGAGGAGUCUUCACCAUCCGAACGUUCCCCUUUUGUCAGCCACAAAGGCCACGAGUUUGUUGGCACCAUUUACCACCUCCCCUCCAGCUGUGAUGCCUGUUCACGGCCCUUAUGGAAUGUCUUUAAGCCUCCAGCAGCACUUGAGUGCCGCUGCUGCCACGCCAAGUUCCAUAGAGACCAUCUGGACAAGAAAGAAGAAGUUAUACCGCCCUGCAAAGUGAACUACGAUGUGUCCACCGCCAAAGACCUACUCCUGCUGACUGGCUCCCAGACGGAACAGCAGCGUUGGGUCAGACAUCUCCUCAAGCGCAUCCCGAGGAAAACCUCAACACUAAGUCCUCCCCCUGCAGCUCGGAACAUCUCUGAUGAUUCUCUGCCGCGUUCCUCUCCACAAGUGUCCCCGCACUCCUCUCCGAGGACCUCCCCUCGCCUGUCUCACCGCCGUGCCAUCAAGGUCCAGUCCACCAGACACCAGCAGACAUCAGAGAACUCAAGGCUGCUUGAGUUUGACCUGAAAGACUGGAUUUGGUCCAUGGGUGAUGAUGAUGAUGAUGGUGAUAAUGGUGGGGAUGAUGAUAUUUUCUUCUGAAAGGAGAGACAGAGGUUAACCCCAGCUCUGUUUUCAUCCAUCUGGAUCGUCUGGACCCAGUUGACCGCGUAUGAAAAGUCCAUAAAAAGGAAAAAGAAAAGCAAAACACAUGACAGAAAUUCAGAUUAACCGGCUGUUGUCAUGAGAACUGGAAUGUAUUCUGUCAUUUUUGACAGGGGGAGCCUCAACCACAUCUUUAUAAUGAGACUGCUUUUUUUAGAAUCAUUAUUGAACUCAUUUAAAGUCGUUUGCAAAAUGUUCCUUUUUUUUCCGUAGAAACCCAUACAGUAGAAAAACACAAAGCACAGCUCAUAUAAUAGGAUUGUUAUAUUUCUAUGGGUAUUGUAGAGGCACAUUAUACAGGGUGUCCUGUAAAUGUAUGAACAGAGUUUUAGAGUGGGAGAUUUUAUCCUUUCGAGCCUUUGUCGUGGAUGUUUUAUCACACUAAAUAUAGACAUCCCAGCUUUACAGAACAAUGUGAAAUGUAUUUCUUCUCACAGUUCAAUAUUCAGGACAUUAAAACAAACAUACAAAAAUGCUAUG